AGUGUAUAUAAAACAAUAAAAUAUUAGCUAUGUAGAUGUAAGCUGAAAAGUGGACCAUGGAGUAUGACAUUUAGUAUAAUUUAGAUAUUAGAUAACAUUGGCCACAAAUUAGGCCAUUGAUCUUAUCCCUCACCAUUCGUUGGAACACUGAAGCGAAAUCGAGAUGGCGCAAGUGAGGAACAAACAGGUGCUUCUGAGGGACUAUGUCAGUGGUUUUCCUAAGGAAUCCGACAUGAACAUCGUACAAGGUACCAUAACAUUGAAGGUUCCAGAAGGUUCCGAUGAGGUGCUACUAAAAAAUCUCUACUUGUCCUGUGACCCUUACAUGCGAAUCCUCAUGAGCAAGACGGAAGCCAUUGACGGAUUUCGUACCUAUAGCCCCGCCACUGUGAAAGAUUUCAGAUUAGGGAGACCAUUAACAGGUUAUGGUGUGUCUAAAGUUCUAGAAUCUGGACACCCAGAUUAUAAGAAAGGUGACUUAGUAUGGGGUACAACUAAAUGGGAAGAAUACAGCUUGGUUCCCUCAACUCUAAUACUUUUCAAAAUUGAGCACACUGAUGUCCCACUUUCGUACUAUACUGGAAUUCUUGGUAUGCCAGGAAUGACUGCUUAUGCUGGUUUCUUUGAUUUAGGCUCUCCCAAGAAAGGAGAGAAUGUUUUUGUUUCAGCUGCAUCUGGUGCAGUUGGUCAACUUGUUGGUCAAUUUGCUAAAUUGACUGGUUGUUAUGUUGUUGGAAGUGCCGGAAGUAAAGAAAAGGUGGAUCUCUUGAAGGAUAAGUUAGGAUUUGAUGAAGCUUUUAACUACAAAGAAGAGCCUGACCUCAAUACAACUUUGAAAAGGUACUUUCCAGAAGGCAUUGAUAUUUACUUUGAGAAUGUUGGUGGGAAGACACUUGAUGCUGUACUUUUGAAUAUGAAAGUCCAUGGUCGCAUACCUUUGUGUGGAAUGGUGUCACAGUAUAAUCUUAAUCAACCUGAAGGUGUAACAAAUUUGGCAAAUCUCAUAUUUAAGAGGGUUCUUAUGCAAGGUUUUCUUGUAACCGAAUUUUAUCACUUAUAUGGAAAAUUCUUGGAGUUUGUGCUGCCUCAUAUUAGAGAAGGGAAGGUUGUGUAUGUGGAAGACAUAGUUGAAGGUCUUGAGAAUGGCCCUGCAGCCUUGGUUGGCCUCUUUAGUGGUCGUAAUGUUGGUAAACAAGUGGUUGUUCUUGCUAGUGAAUGAAUACAAUAUGCAAAUGCUUUUUGUUGGACAUUGGUGUCAAC